UCCAUUCUCGUUCUUUCAUAUCUGUAAAGAGUUGAAGAGACAAACCUUGCUGUAGCUAUUUCUGUGCAUGAGCGAGUUGAAAAGUACAUAUAAUAUAUAAUGGCGUGUCAUGGAUGCCCCAAUGGUAAUGCCAAUAUCUGGUGCUUUGUUCUGGGCCUUUUGAUCGCCAUUGCCAGCUUCGCUCCAAACCCGAGUUUCGCCAAGAAAACAAAAGUUGAUGGCUUGAAAUUGAACGUGAUCGAUGGUUGCUGGAGAUGGAACUCGGAUUGGAGAAGUAACCGGCAGGAACUUGCAUUAUGUUCAGUGGGAUUUUCAGGGAAGAUGAGCAACAACAUAGGAAGAGAUGUCAUAUACUAUCAAGUCACGGACCCAAGUGACAAUGCGUUGGACCCCAAACCGGGAACUUUGAGAUAUGGGGUUACCAUGAUCAAAGGGAAAAAGUGGAUCACCUUCCAGAAGGACAUGCGCAUUAGGCUUGACAAACCACUUCUCAUUAGUAGCUUCACUGCCAUUGAUGGAAGAGGUGCUAGUGUUCACAUUGCUGGUAAUGCAUGCUUGCUGGUCUUUCAGGCAAGCAAUAUAAUCAUCCAUGGCCUUCGAAUCCAUCAUUGCCGACCCCAACCACCAAGCUCAGUUAUGGGUCCAGAAGGAAAGAUAAUACCAAUAGGGCAGGUUGAUGGAGAUGCAAUCAGGUUGGUAACUGCAUCAAAGGUUUGGAUAGACCACAAUACACUCUACGAGUGCCAGGACGGUCUUCUCGAUGUUACUCGCGGAUCUACCCAUAUCACCAUCUCCAACAAUUGGUUCAGAGACCAGGACAAGGUUAUGCUUCUCGGCCAUGAUGAUGGCUACUUUCGGGACAAGAACAUGAGGGUGACCGUUGUGUACAACCAUUUUGGACCCAACUGCAACCAAAGAAUGCCAAGGAUUCGCUACGGUUAUGCACAUGUUGUGAACAACCUUUACAGAGAAUGGUCGCAGUAUGCCAUUGGGGGAAGCAUGAACCCUAGUGUUAAGAGUGAAGCCAACCUCUUCAUUGCACCAAAAUCGGGAAACAAGAAAGAGAUCACUUGGAGGAAGGACAGCAUUGGAGAUAAAGAAUCCUGGAAGUUUUACUCUGUAGGAGAUAUCUUCGAAAAUGGGGCUUCUUUCAUCGAAACAGGUGCCGGCAGAGCAAAGCCAAACUACAACGGAGAACAAACUUUCCCAGUUGUUAAUGCCAAAUCUGUCCGCUCAUUGACAAGGUCAUCUGGUGCUUUGAUAUGCAUCAAAAGAUCCAGAUGCUAAUUAAUUAAGGCUUUGGCUCAUGCGAUGCGAUG